AUGCGGCAACGACGUUUGCAGCCCAAUGUGCCGGCCCUGAGCGCGGCCAUCUCCGCAUGCGAGCGCGGGCAUUUAUGGCAGGAAGCUGUCCAACUCCAUGAGAGCUUGCAGGAGGACAAACUCACGCCAGACAUCACUGUCUUCAAUGCCACCAUCAGUGCUUGUGAGAAAGGCGCCAAGUGGCAACAGGCAUUGUGCUUCCUCGAGGAGUUAGCGCAAAUGGACGUGUGGCCGCGUCAACAGGUGCACAGCCUUCGGCCGGUCACCAUCACCUACAAUGCUGUGAUCAGCGCCUGCGGCAAGGCCUCACGCUGGGACUGGUCAUUGAGGCUUUUGGCGGACCUGCAGAACCCUGACACACCCACGGCGGACGGCAUCACUGGCAAUGCGGCGAUGAAUGCUUGCGCCCAGGGCUCUCAGUGGCCACGAGCGCUACAGCUCUUCCAGGAGCUCCAUGGUUACAAGCUCCAGUCCCGAAACCCAGCAACUCGCUCUUGGCAGCUUUGA